UUAAGGAGCCAGGCUCCAAAGAAGAUCCAGGAGCAGCCUGUGGGGUGUACUGGGCCGGGGUUCAGAACUCUACUGAGCUCAACCACCCCGCACUCUAAAAACCAGCAGCCAUGGACUGUGCCAGGGAGCAGCGAGGAUGGGCCUUGGUCUAGAGAGAGCCCAGGCUCCUUCCAGCAUCCAGGAAAUCCGCGGCGGACCAACCCUCUCUGGAAGGAAAGAGAAGAAACUGACAGAGGUGAAGGUCAUCAGGAUGUGCAGGAGCUGAAGAAGAAACUGUUCAAGCGACGGCGCGUGUUGAACCGGGAGCAGCGCCGGAAGCACCGGGUGGUCGGGGCCGUGAUCGACGAAAGCGCCGCCAUCCAGAAAUGCUGCAAUGUCGCCCGAACUCCCCGCAGAAAAACGUAUUUCUUUGGCCUUUGCCCCGGUUCCUGGCACGGAGCCCCUAAAGCCUUCCGAGUGAUAGGAGCGUUUUUUAUUUCGUUAGGAACCCCUUUGAGCACGCCGAAGUUUAUGCUCAUGCGUGACCGGGUGGGUCUGGUCACCAGAAAACCCCAGAGGUCCAGUGCACGUGCCAACAUUACUCUGUCUGGGAAGAAGCGCAGAAAACUCCUGCAGCAGAUCCGGCUUGCCCAGAAAGAGAAAGCAGCCAUGGAAGUGGAAGCCCCUGCAAAGCCAGCCGGGACUAGUGGCCCACAGCCUAAAUCAAAAAAGAAGACGAAGCCCCCCCAGGAUGUAGACAUGGAGGACCUUGAAGAUGGGAGCUAAGUCUUACCCCUUUGUUCACAAGGUUCUCACCGGGAGCCAGGCGGACUCAGGGCUUGUUCCAGAAGUCUUUGGGGAAGACAUUGCACCUUUUCACUCUCCCCAGACUCCUCUUCCAUAACGGCCUAGUGGCCUGCCUGGAGGGAC